UCCGCCAUUAACAACAACCUUCAAUCGUUUCAAUGCGUUUCAAACGAAAUUAAGUUUUUUACAGUAAUUCUCUAAGGAGUACUGAGGAUUUCUUUUCCUCUCUCCAUUUUUUAUUUUCUUCUCUUUCAUUCAACAAUGGCGUUCCGUAGAACCCUAACAAGCCGCAUCUUCAACCAAAAAACCCUAGUUUCUAAAAACUUCAUCCAAAGAAACCUAAAUAUCCCUUCAAAUCCAGUUUUAACAACAUUCAAUCAUGAAUGUUUAACCGAUUCAAAAAUCGGAGGCGAAGAAGAAAAGUCUUUUAGAAAUUAUUUUCAGAAGAGAGAAAUUAGUUCUUCUACUCAACAAGCGGUGAGAAGAUCAUUACCAGUUGGUGAAAAUCUUAUUGAGAAAUUGAAAUCGAUUAAUAGUAUAGGUAAAGAUCGUAUUCGAUUAGAUGGAUUAAUUCCUCCACCACCACCUCCGGUUAAGAAGGGAUUAGAUUAUCUGGAUGGAAUUUCAGUAAAAGAUGCGAAGAAAUUGUUGAAAUUAGCACAUUUAGAAAUGUUGAAAUCUAAUUUAAAACAGAUAGAGAAGAAAAGUAUUACGUAUUCAGAAUUUGUUGAUAUUUGUGUUGCUGGUUCUAAUAGUCAUGAUCAAGGAUUAGAAUUUGCAAAGAUGUUGGAUGAUUCUGGAUCUGUUAUCGUUUUAGGAAACAUUGUUUUCCUUCAUCCUGAAGAGGUAACACGAGCAAUUGGAGGCAUAAUUCCACUACCGCUAGCUCCAAACGAUGCUCGGAAAAAAGAACUGGACACCAUGGAGAAAGAAAAGGCUCAGAUUGAUGCUAGGGCAGAAGCACUGGUCCGUCGAGAAUUAUGGGGUGGACUUGCUUUUUUUACUGCUCAGACAGCUGCUUUCCUCAGGUUAACAUUUUGGGAACUAUCAUGGGAUGUGAUGGAACCAAUUUGUUUCUAUGUCACUUCUAUGUAUUUCGUGGCGGGGUAUGCAUUUUUCUUAAGGACUUCGAAAGAACCGACUUUUCAAGGAUUCUUCGAAAGCCGAUUUACUUCCAAGCAGAAGCAGUUGAUGAAGAUGAAGAAUUUCGAUAUCGAGAGGUUUAAUGAGCUCAAGAAGGGAUCAUAUCCUUCUUCCAAGAUCAAUUCACAACCAUCUGGAGCCGAAUCAUUGGUGUCCGUGCCAAAUCAUCCAUUUGAGCUCAGGACGUCCUUCUAAAAAUCUUACAGCAAAAGCCAAAAGGCCAAAACAAUAAUGACUAAUAUACACUAAUAAUCAAGGUGAAAAUACAGGGACAGAGGAAGAGAUUUUGUGUAGCUCUUUCCUACUAGUACAUCAUGUAGUUUAAUACUUUUUAUUUUCUUGAAGUUUUUGUUGUCGUUCAUUAGGUAUUGCAUUCUCAUUUUGCAUAUCCAGGAUUAGGCGUUGUCUUUCCUGUCAUGUUAUGUGUACUAGUAGUGGUGCAGUUACUAUCCAAAGAAGCAUCAUUUCAUCUCUUUUAACUUCCCAAUCAUGCUAGUUUGUGUGUUUUUAUCGCCUCAGAGUCUUUAUAGUUGGCAUCCCAAUUGUCUCGAGGAAAACACAUCAAGACGUAUAGCUUAAUAGUUGGGGGUAAGAUCUCCCCAAGUACAAGGAACAGGAACUAUAAUAAGAUUUGGCAAUUAGUGCAUUUUUAGCAA